AUUAAUGAACGGUCCCUUCAAUUGGGAAAUAAAAAAAUUAUUUUUGUUUACAAAUGCAUUGCGUGAACAACGAUGCAAACGAUAGCGACCAAUGAGACCACUAAUUGUUGACCACUAUUACCGCCGAAUAAUAAUAACAACAACAAUAAUAAUAAUAUUACGGCCACUUUGAUACUAAUUAGAAACAUAUCUAACUAUCCGCGUAAUGAGUAGUGGCCAAUACAGACGCCCUAUCGGCGGCACUGGUCGCACGUUGAAUGGCGGCGGCGGUGGUAACCAUCGAUAUACCGAUAACAACAAGGAUGGCGGCGGCGGCGUCGGCAACGUUGGUGUCGUCGGUGACGGCUCUGGCGGUGGCAGUGGUGGUCGUCGACAUCAUCAUCAACGAUACACUGGCCGUACUUCCGGCGGGACGGAUCAUCAUCACCGCAGGUCAACAACUACACCAUCGUUGUCCUCCGUAUCGUCAUCGGCCAUUGACGAGUCGCUCGGCAGAGUUGCACAGCUCGAGCCGAAAUGCGAACAAAUCUAUCGGCUAAUUGUGGCCAAUGUUUCCACGGAUUCGACACUCGGCUACGAACGCCAACUCUGGAAUGAUAUCAAACAAUACAGACACGAAAAGGACACAAUGCUUAUCAAGUAUUUGAUCGGUUUCUAUGUAACCUUAAUCGAGGCCAUUGUCGUCAACGAUAGCCAACGGCCAGACAGCAACAACACCAACAGCAAACAGCCGUACCAUUUGUUUGUCCGUAAAGGUGGUCGCCUGUCGCCGAUUACACGACUCCUACUGUACAACAUUUUGAUACGUAUCGGUGACCUGAAUCGCUAUCUGAAUCGUACGCCAAAUGCCGACAACUACUAUCAGAUGGCCCGCAAUCUAGACGUGAGUCGCGGACACGCCUACAAUCAGUUGGCUAUCAAUACGCCGCCGAGUCAGCCGCUAAAGUGUAUCUACUAUUACUGUAGAGCUGCCAAAUCAUCAGUGGAUCCCAUAGUGAUUGCCGAAACCAAUCUGAAAGUUGCAAUCAGUCGUUUCGAUUCCGAUAUACUGAAAGCUAUUAUCAUCAAAAAGAAGGAGUUGUCGCCGCCAUUGUCACCGACGACAACGGCAACCAAUCAAACAAUUGAUGACCAAUUGGUGCCGACAUAUCCGCAGAAGGGCAUCGACUGGUUUUAUUUGUCUGUGAUCUGUAUGUACUGCGAAAACUUUGAACCGCUAAUCAAACCGUUGAUCCAGUUUCUGGUAACACAUUGCGAACUGACGGCCAACAAACAAUUGGACAGUUAUGGUAAUAGUAGUAGUAAUGGCAACAACAACGGUAAUAGCAAUACGGAUCUCGGUUUUGCAUUGAUUGCCAUCGAUAUAGCCAUCGACUACUGUUCAAUCAGAUGUCUGGAGCGCCAGUUUGGCGAUAGCUAUGGCAAAGAGUUGCGUACAUUGAAGUCGACAAUCAAAAUAUGUAGCGAUGUGUUGGCCACCGAUCAUUCCGAUGACAGUAGUAGUAGUAGUGGUAGUGGUGGUAGUAGUCGUCGACGUCGUUCACCUGUAGAUGAAAAUCAUUCGUCUAAAGCCAUGUUUCACGACUACAGUCUGCGAGGAUUUUCGCCGUUAGCCAACAUACACAAGAAUCUGGUGUUCAAUGACGACGACGACGACAACAACGAUGACAAACCACAAGAACAACAGCCGCACGCCAUCAUCGAUGCCUAUCAACUGAUGUCACGGGUUUGCCAUAAAUUGGACAAACUGUUGGCCAAAUCGGCUAAACCUGUACGCCGUAUGCGUAAUGUGGCGCUCGGAUCCAUUCUGGAGAAUGAAUCGCACGGCUCGUGAGUGAUGGCUAUCAUCAUCAACUGGGAAGUCCAUAUCGGCAAUUGAUUGGACAGUUACCGUAAUUACUACUAUAACUAUUACUAUUAUUUAAUUAUUGGUAAUUGUAAUAAUAAUAAUAAGUCGAAGUUAUCCGAGUCAUUUUUGUUGAUAACAUAUUUUGUUUAAAUUGUUUGUUUGU